AUGACUCUCUCUAAGCUCUCUACCCUUGCUGGCGUUCUCGCCUCUGCAAGCCUUGUUGCUGGUCACGGCUAUGUUACGCAGAUUGCUGUUGGCGGGGAGACAUUCGGAGGCUGGCUCGCCGACAGCUACCCCUACCAGCAGGACCCACCUGACGUCUAUGGCUGGACCACUACCGUCACUGACAACGGCUUUGUCGCCCCGGAUGCUUUCUCGACCGGCGACAUUAUCUGCCACCGCGGUGCCUCCCCCGCUGCCCUCUCUGCCCCCGUCGAGGCCGGCAGCACCAUCGAUGUGACCUGGAACACAUGGCCCGAGUCUCACAAGGGACCCAUCAUCAACUACCUCGCCAACUGCAACGGCGACUGCAGCGCAGUCGACAAGGCCAGCCUCCAAUGGGUCAAGAUCCAAGCCGAGGCCAUCAUCGACGCAUCGACCAACACCUGGAUCACCGACGAGCUCAUCGAGAACAGCUUCACCACCUCCGUGACAAUCCCCUCUUCCAUCGCCCCGGGCAACUACGUCCUCCGCCACGAGAUCAUCGCCCUGCACUCCGCUGGUCAGGCGAACGGAGCCCAGAGCUACCCGCAGUGCUUCAACCUUGUUAUCUCGGGCAGCGGCUCUGCUAGUCCAUCUGGUGUAGUGGGCACUAGCCUGUACACGCCGACGGAUGAGGGUAUCCUGUAUGAUAUCUACUCGGGUAACACCGAGUACCCUAUUCCUGGACCGGCGCUUUUCAGUGGUUAA